AUGUUGAACCAAAAUCCGGGAUUAAAAGACAUCGCGUAUAGCAUCACAGGAGGCGCUAUCAAAGCACAAGGGUACUGGAUGCCAUAUUCUUGUGCCAAAGCCGUAUGCGCAACUUUCUGCUACCAGAUCGCUGGGGCACUAAUACCCCUGUUUGGCCCCGACUUCCCAUCGGAGUGUAUCUCGCCUGGCGAGCCACGAUACGGCAUCAUGAUCAUCAAGCCAGAGCUGAUAACCGAUACAAUGAGGAAAUCACAGGAGCUGUAUCAGAGAUAUGGCAACUGGGGUGGCGCUUACACUUCAUCGCCACCUGCUAGACGUCCACCUCGGACAGUCUCCUCUAGGCCUCAAGAACGUCAUCACUACCAACCCUACCCCAACCAAGACCCCAGGGACCGCCAACAACAACAGCAAAGGGUAGGACGCUCUAGAAGAGAAUUCUACAACGAGAACUCUUUCGAUACUAGGCCGCAGCUGCAUGGUAUGUCGGCCCCGAUGACACCAGCUAACGAGUGGACAUCACAUCAGCCGCGGUCAAGCGCUGGACCUCAUCCUGCUUCGACACCCCCUUCUUACUCGUAUCCUGAAAGGGCACCACACCGUUCAGCAUGGACAGCAGUAAACCACCAGCCCCCUAGCAACUCCCUCGAUCGGUAUUCACUUAAGCGACCACAUCCUUCUUCGAAUGAACCUGAUGAGUCGGCGCUCUCUGUGGAUUGGUCACCCCAAAGCCAAGCCCCCAACCCAUGGCUCACUGCCAUUCCACGCUCUCCCCAGAGAACAGCAGCCUCUUCCCCAUUGACCUCUCAGCCAGCGUUUGCCAUCUCCUUCUUCCCUACUUCCCUCGCCAUCUUCUUCACUGAGCUCACUUGCAUCAUCCAACUUUACAAGUCCUCGACCUCAACUACCCCCAAUCUCAAAACUCUGUUCAUUGCCAGCACCUUCUGGUCGGCGAAGGCUUCCUGA